GCCAAGAAGAGGAAUGUUACGAAAAUCUUACAUUCCUAUAUAAAUAAGUUGGUCGCACGUUCAGAUCCAGUUUUUAGUUCACGCGAUUCCAAAGCUCCAAAGCUAUAGCUGAUCUUCAAACGCUCUAUCAUGUCUCUGGAACGUCAAGUCAAAGCCAAAAUCGCUGCCAAGCGUAACCCUUCACAAGAUAAAGAAGCUCAAGAAUGGAUCGAGACAGUCCUUGGUGCCAAGUUCCCACCAGGUGAGGAAUACGAAGAUGUCAUUAGAGACGGAACUGUUCUCUGCCAACUCAUUAACAAAUUGGCACCAGGAUCUGUUCCUAAGAUCAACACCAGCGGGGGACAAUUCAAAAUGAUGGAGAAUAUCAACAACUUCCAAGCAGCCAUCAAGAAAUACGGAGUUGCUGAUGUUGAUGUCUUCCAAACAGUCGAUCUAUGGGAAAAGAAAGACAUCGCCACAGUCACCAACACCAUCUUUGCAAUUGGAAGAACCACCUACAAGCAUCCAGAAUGGACUGGACCCUGCCUUGGACCCAAGCCAUCUGAUGAAAACAAACGUGAAUUCACUGAAGAACAAUUGAGAGCAGGAGAGACCAUCGUGGGACUGCAAGCUGGACAAAACAAAGGUGCUUCCCAAGCCGGUCAAAACAUGGGUGCAGGCCGUAAAAUCAUCCUUGGAAAGUAAAUUUGGGAAUGACAUAUUCUUAACUGUUGAUGCCAAAAACUUAGACGAUCACAAUUUGUACUGAUUUUUUUGUCCUUGGGGACAUAUCUUUGGCACUUUCAGUGAAUUUCAAAAUUGAAAUGGAACCAUCUAUGUAUAUUUUAUAUGCUUCUUACCCCAAUAUAUAUAUUUCCAUAUUUUUUAUUCAUGUAUACUUAUUGAAAUAAAAGUUUAUUUAUUU